CAACAUGGAAGUGAAGCGUAAUGGCUGUGGUAUUUUCCUCAAAUAAUUGAAGUUUAUUUUUGGAAAGUGGAUUGUAUUUUACCGUUGUUACUGUAUAUAUUUCACAAAUAAAGUGUUGUUUCAUUUCAUUUUAGAGGACAUUAUACACUUUCGAUAGCUUUUAUAUCUUGUGCGUGACAUUUUCUUUUAUCUAGGUACCCUAGUAGUUUCGCUUUUGAAGAUUGUUGCGAGAAUAAAGAUGGUAUAGCAUGUUGAAAGAAGGAAAUCAAGAUAAGCUUAUUUAGGCAUUCUAUUGGAUUGUUGGAAUGUUAGACACAAAUAUAAUUAAGCUACAAAUGAAGAGAUUUUCAGCUCAAAACCCGCAUGAGCUCCGACACAAGAACCUCCUAACAUCAGGAGGACUUGUUGAAUGAACGUCUUUAUCACCCUGUAAAUCACCAAUCAGAAAGGAGGCAAUGCUAGCUCAGCUGAAUUCCAAGCAGAAGUCAUUAUUCUUCAAUAUUAAGCCGACAGUAAUCGAUAGAUUAAUAUCAAAGAACAAAAGUUCCAUUCAGAACAGUUUGCUUUGUACAAAUGAGGAAAGCGACGGAUCAGUAAGCGAAGAGAGCGAAGAUAGCUCUUCCAGCAGCCAAGAAAGUAGUGUGACGAUAACAGAACGUCCAUCUACGAUGGCUCCGAUAAGACGAAACGACAAGGUUUUAGGAUCAAAACUAUCAGCUAGAUCCAACAUCGCACUGAAGAGAGGAAGAAAUAAAGCCUCGGUUGGCCAGCCAGGACGGAGUGCCAACAACCUAAAGGUAAUGGCAGCAAUGAAAGUGUUGGAAAACAGGAAGAGAGGGCGCCCAAGGAAGAUUGUCGAGGAAGUCAAAACACCAAACCAUAGAAAAAUCCCAGAAGAAACUCCAUCUACAAGCACAAAAAGGUCUCGAGCAUCGGUCAAAAAGGACGACAUUCCCCUGACACCCAGGAGUAAAACAAAUAAUACCAAUAAGGCAGAGUCCUCAACAGUGAAAAGAAAGACAAAGGAGGAGAAAGGUAGAGUUGCAACCAGUGGAAAUGAAACUGAAAGUCCUUCAAUACCUGGGAGUAGUUUAAUGCCUUCAGUUAAUACCAAAACCUCGCUGAAAAAAUUCCCAAGUAAUGUAGUGGAUCGUUGGAAAAGCACUGGGAUGGUGAUAAGGGGACGAGGAAGACCAAGAGGUUCACUCAACAAGGUUCCAGGUGCCUUCACUUCUCUCCGGGGAAGAGGCACUUUUAGAGGCAGAGGCAUAACACUAAGAGGAAGAGGUGGAAGGAGAGUGGGAGCUCUAAGAUCAGAUCGAUACAUCACCAGAGAUUCACAAAUCGGUGUGAUGCGUAGUGGGAAGUUGAGGAAAUAUAGUAACUCAGAUUUAGUGGAAGGCCUGGAACAUGUAAGGAAAAGAAGAAGAGAUUUUAAUCGUGUAAAAGUAGAAAAAUGUGACUAUCCAUCUGACGAACAUUCAAGUUUUGUUACUACUAGCGAAUUGAGCUUCUGUGAAAACGACAAUUCUUGUAAGCAAUCUGACGACGAAAUCAAUUAUUCAAGGGUUAAAAUCAAGGAAGAAGUUUUAGAAACUGAUGAUGAAGCGGUUGAUUCGAGAGAUACAAAUUCAAAUUUAUUUAAAGGUGAUAAAAUUAAACAGGAGAAGAAAUCUUCAGUAAGUGGUUCUGAUACUAAUGAUCAGAGUAGUGAUUCUAAAGUAAUCAGGAAAAAGAUGCUUACGGGACCAAAAGUUGGCGGUCGUGGCCGGAAAAGAUUGAUCUCGUUAGGUAAACGGUUAGGUCUACUUUCUCAGUCUGACUCGAGUGUUCGUGAUUCAGAUUGCUCUUUAGAUUCAGAUGCAAUGGACGACUCGGUAAGCCCCCCGAAUUCUGGAUCAAAAUUACACAAACGUAGAAGAAUCGAUGGAGUGUGGGUGAGGAGAUCGACUAGGUCCAUUGGCAAAGGAAGUAUAAAAGCUGAACCUGAUGCUGUUGUUAUUGAGGAGUUGUUGAAAGAAAAAGACUGUCCUGUAGAUGUAGAAUGCAAUUCAAAAAGUUCCUUAUCUGUUGAUGUUAAACACUCAGAAUCCCAGUUAGUAAAUAGUUUUGACAAAGAUAAAUCUUUGGACAGUAGUACUGAAGCUGCAACCGAAACAUUGGUAAGAAAAGUAGAUAUUUGUAAUAUAGACCCAAUCGAUUCAACUGAAGAAUGUCCUUCUAUAGAUGAUUUAGUGAAAAAAGACAGUGAAGUAGAGGUUGAUGUCGAUGAAAUGAUUACUAAUAAAGAUGACUCGGUUGAGGAUAUUAAUUUGACUCUGGAAGAAUCACCAAGCAAAAUGACGGUUUUAACAUCAAAGCAAGAAACUAUUUCUGAUGAGCUCUUACUUGAAUCUCCUGAUAAAAUGGAUUACCCUGAUACUGAAGAGAAGCUGAAAACUCCCAGUAGCAUUAAUGAUGAACAAAUUAAAUCAGAGAUUUUGCCAGAACCUUUGUUAAGUAUUAAUCAAAGCUCUAUAAUUCAGACAACUGCAUCUGAACGUGAUGAUCAAAAUGUGCCUGCAAACAAUUCUAGCGAAGAGAAUCAAAUUAAUGUAAAACCAAUGUGUACAGAUGGAUUGAAUGAUUUAAAUAGUGAAGCUAGUGAACAUAGUAUUAGUAGCAGCCAUGAAGUAAUGACUGAUGACAAAAUUAUAACAAUGAUAGAUAGUUUUUGUUCUCAGUCGGAUGUUCCAGACUUAUCGAAUGAUGAUAUUACGCAAGAAUCUACAACAGUUGAAAAUGACGAAGAUGUGAUUGUUGAGUUUGUAAAUAAAAUUACUACUGAAGUAGAACAAAAUGUUUCACAAGACAAUCUGCAAAAAUUGACAACUUCUAUUAAUCAACUCUCGGGUAGUAUUGUCAGAAGUUGCUCGGAAACAAAUAAAUCCUUUAGUAGUGAAACUAGUGAAGUAAAACAUACCGAUUGCGAUAGACAAUACUUACCACUUUUGUCCAAAGAUUUAACAGAUAUAUGUAAAGAAACUAAAAAUGAUGAGACUGAAUUUGUUAAAGAUGAAAUAAAAAGUGAUCUUAAAUCGUUAGAGGUUUGCAAACAAGAAAUUGGUACCGAAGCAAUACAUUUUUUUAAAGAAGAGGUUAGUAGUAGCUGUGAAACUGUUGAAAUGGAAAGCAGGUUGGAGAAGGCUCCUGAAAUUACAGAAGAAUCCUCCUCUAGUGAUAGCAAUUCAAAUUUAUCAGAAAUUACUUCAAUUUCUUUAGAAAAAGAUGUUGCAGAAGCAAUACCAAUGGGUGAUUUGCAACUUCAAGGUGAUUUAGAUGAAAGUAGUUUGUUAGCAAAUAGAGAAGCCCAGAGCAAAAUAGUUACAACUGAAACAGAUGCCAGAUUUUCUUCAGUCGCAAGUUCUACUGUCACCAGUGACAUUGAACAUUCCAACAAGGAUGUUUCCCACGCUUUACUAUCGAGGAAAUCUAGCACUGAAGAUAAUUUGGAAGAGAGGCCUUCAAAAGAGUUAUUGAGUGCCUUAGGACUACAAUCAUUACUCGGUGGGCAAGAGGAGAAACCCAAACGGCCAACUGAUAACUACACCGGUACACUGAAGGCUGUUAUCAAAUUGAAUCGUUCCUCGGACAAGAAAUCUGGGGGAAGGAAGAUGAUUUUCAAACAGGGUGAUUCACUAGCCCAGGACAUUGGAGGAGAAGGGGACAGACUAGAAUACAGGAUAUGCAGUGCUGAGCAACUACCAGUGGAGAGUGUCCCGUUUACACAUCAGGCUGAACUUCCAGCCCGCAAGGCCCAGAUCAAAGUCAAGAGCCAGUUUGAUUUGAGCAGCAGCCUAGUAGUGCCAUCAACAGAAACAUCAUCAGAUUCGACCAAAGAACCAGGAGGAAAAGUUGACCUGAUCAUCCCAGAGAAGAGUAGUUCGUUCUCAAUUCACCCAGAACGACUCUGCACGGAUGUUUGUUCCUAUUGUUUUGGCAAGUUUGGCUCCCUGGAUACACCUUGUCAUCUCGCCCAGCUCAAGAAUGCUGAGAGACAAGCGAAAAUCUUGGCCAUUGAAGUCCACCUGAGCGCUGACUCGUGCCUGUGUGACGGGUGUUUCCGCUAUGUGGAUCGCAAGGCUAACUGCCCUGCGUCUCAGCGAUCGCGCAAGCCUGCUGCACGACGAGGUCCGCUGGCCGGCACUGUGUGCGCGGUGCAGGAGUGUAGUCAGCCAGCGCGACACUCUGUGCGCCGUAAGUGGCUCAUCAAGCUUAAGAAAAGCAUCGGAAAGAAGCUUGUCCUCGAUAUGGACAAAAACCCACAUCUGCCUUUCCCACUGUGCUCUCAACACUACUAUUGGGUGGACUACUUCACAGUGUGCGGGAUCUGCAAGAAGAGGUUGACGCGUAACCACAUGUACGCGUUGGGUCCUGAGGCGGAGGAGCUCAACCAAGCACUGAGCGACGACGGCAUUCCUGUCAGACUCUCGGACAAGUUGUUCCUCUGUAAGCUGUGUCGCUACUACAGCUCACUGCGGCUCAAGUACCGAGACCCUCAGGCCAUGUCGUCUACACACAGACUCUUCCUCAACAGCUAUCGUAAAAAGAUUUUGCAGUACCAUGACAUCCCUGUGAGUGAGAGUGAGGAAGAUGGAAAACCUGCAGAAGAGGAUAGAGUUGCCUCUGAACCUCCAAAGCCCAAGAAAAAGAAGUCAAAAUCCAAAAGUAUUGAUAGUAACGAGUCGAAAAAGAGAACUCUGGGUAAAGAGGCAAUGCCAGACCACGGCGCUGAAGAUCAAUCAAAUGAUUCUCAAAUGAUCGACUAUAGCUACUUGGAAACGUUAAAUAUCCACAGAGAAGAACCACCUGCAUCCACUGUUGAUUACAAUUCUCUAGGUGAUUUAGAAGGAGGACUUACUAACAUAGCAUCUUUGUUGAAUCCUUUGGAGAGUGGUCAAGGUACUGUCUAUCCCUCUGACAGCCAAAACCGUGGCAGAGUUGAAAAACCAACUAGAAUACAAGUGAAGUUUGGAAACCUCAACAUCGGCAAGCUGAGCAACCUAAACAUAGGGCAGGACACCAGACCAGCUAGCAAUGCGACACCGGCUGCCGAACGGCCACCGUAUUUGCCCGGUGAAAGAGAACUAAAGUUGACAAGCGAGUUUGAGUUCCACGGAACUCUAAAUCCGAGCUCCGGUUGGGAACGGUAUACUUCAACCAUACAAUUUGACAAAGAAACAAAAAGACUUUGGCAGGAACUGCAACGGCCUUAUGGGAACCAAUCGAGUUUCCUACGACAUCUAGUAAUUCUUGAGAAGCAUUGGCGGAAUGGAUCGUUGGUUUUGGCUGAAAACGCCAAUCCUCGAGCUGUCAAGUAUUUAGGCAGUGUCAAAAAUAGAGUACAAGCGUACGACGGUGCGAAAUCCUCAGAUAUGGAGAAACCUAAACAACCUGAGUUGACUAUAAUAUCACCGCCUCCUAGACCUGUCUCUACGCCUGUUAAAAGUGCACCUCCUCCUCUGAUGAAAAUAGCCCCUGGAACUACUCCUUGGCUGCACGAACAGUUGAAGAAGCCUCCCCCGUACACAUCGACCCCCGCCACAUCAACCAGUAGUAAAUCCCUUCAAUCACCUGCUCCAGCACCCCCUCCCUACAGGCUACCUGUACAGUCACAGACCACCAAUCAAACUGCCCGUCCUGCGAGAGUGCCCACUCCCAUGCCCGGCCUACUCAGGAGUCCACAACCCCCCAAUAUGAUCAGGCCUAUCUCCCUCUCUUUCCAACAGUUUAAAAGAAUAAGGCUAGAACAACCUCCGGCCUCAGCAUCUUCAGCUCAAGUCACAGUUAUUCCCAAAGUCGAACUUCCACCCGAAGUGCAGGCCUUGACGAGUAAUGCCUCAACUUCCACCGAUUUUUGUCCUCGGAUUUGCGAAGUGAGAUCUCUUGCGAGUCCUACAUCCGAUUGGAAUGAAAGCUUUAGGAAGCAACAGCAGAAGAUGUUGAAGCAGAACAUCGCCAAGUAUUACACCCCCAUUUUGCCAAAAAUGCCCAACACCCUCUCGGUAACUUCGUUCCCACAGACGACGGCGUUGGUGAUGAAAACUUCGUCUCUGACUAUCGAGAAGGCUCCGAGUAUCAACACGAAACCUGCCCUCGCUCCUCCAGAGAAGCCUUCGAUUAGUGUCUUCAGGGAGACGACUCCCAGUGAUAACGGCUAGGCGUUGAACCACUUAGUCAAUUUCCUAACAAAUUAAAACUGUGGAGCAAUCUCCUGAUGUUAUAGCGUGAAAUAUUUUUGUACAUUUUUCAACCUACAGUAGUCAAAAGAUUAUUUUUUAACUUGAAAUACAGAGGUAAAGUAUUAACAAUAUGAAAUACUGAUCACUAACUUGUCGUUUAUCACAGUUAAACAUCAUAUUGAUGUUAAAUUGGUGGACUUAAAUUUUUUUGUAGUUUUUUUGAUUGUUUUUAUGAUGUUUACUUCUGGUUUUGAACGAUCGACUGGUGACUUAGUAUGCAUAUCAAUAACAUGUAUUACGGUUGAGGCAAAUAUGCUUGUGUAAUUUUAUAUUCAAGUCUUACACAGAAUGUUAUCUUAGUUUGUAGAGCAUAUCAUAGUGAUUCAUAACUUAUUUUAUUUAGUCACUUAGAUAUAUAUUUCAUACUACAUGUGUAUUAUUUUUAUCGAACUUGUUGAUAGAUUUUCACUUAUUUAUUUAGCUUUACAUCCAAGCAUUUUGUAAUAAGUUUUAACCAGAUCAAUGAGGUUAAAGCAUUUUACUAAUAUUAUUGUUUGUUUUCAAACUCAGAAUUGUUCAAAAGAUAUUUUUUGUUCAAUGCCUUCAGUUUGUAUAAAAUAUAAAUAGUUAUUAGUAAUUUGGAUAAGCAUGGCUAAAUUUUUUAUAUUACUUUGUGCAGUUUUACCAGUUAUUAAUUUCAAUUUUAAACCCUAUUAUUUUAUCUUGUGUUAUUGUUAUAAACUAUUACUUAAUAAGACUGUCUGGUA